GGUGUUCUGGCCCAUCUCUGAGGGAGCCUGCCGUGCCGUGCUUCCAUGCUAGGCUUCGGUGGCAAGCAACUGGGCAAGAACUUGAACCGGCACACCGGGCAUCUUGGACUCGUACAUACCAAACAACAUUUGGGACGCUUUUCGCAUCGGAACUCUGCACUCCCAAUGGACCUCGACGUUGCACGUCCGAGAUAAUAAAAAUGCGAUUGUCAGCACAGAUAUCAGCCGCGUUACCCGUCGCCCUCGCCCUUAUCUUCGCCGCUCCGACCGUCACCGGCGCUGGGAUCCAACCAUCACUCUACGAACGAGAGAGCCGCUCUGAACCCACCGACCAUGUCUUCCCGUUCCUGAGGUGGCUGCGCGAUAGCGCUGUGGAGGUUGUCUUCGGCAAACCGUCUACUAGAACGAAGGGUUCGGGGUCGAGUGCGCAGCUGCAAUCCAGGUACCAGGAUGAUAUUGUGGUACGCUUCAAUGUCACCAAUUCCGAGGAGGAGGGCGCCCUAGCUCAGGCGGUCGAGCAGAUGUUCCUCGACGUCUGGGCCUUCACUCCGGAAUAUGUCGAUGUCAGGUUGGACAAGGAUGAUGUGUCGGGACUCCUUACUCUGCUGCCCAAAUCUUUGGAGCCGUCAAUACUAGUCCCGGAUGUCGCCGCGGCAGUGUGGGCGACCUAUCCCUCGGCGUCGGUCGAGAAAUCCCGGCUCGAGUCAAGCAUGGCCAAUGCUGCCAAACUGAGGACAUCGCUGGAUGGGGUGGGGAAUAUCUUUUUCCAGAACUACCAGACUUUGGCUGUGAUCACGAGCUGGAUGCGCCUACUAGAGGCCAUGUUUCCGUCCAUCGCGAGCAUGACAAGCAUUGGCAAGUCGUACGAGGGCAGGGAGGUUUAUGCUUUGCGAGUCGGGGCUCGCAGCAGUGACAGCGAAGACAAAGGUCCGAGGAAGACCAUCCUUAUUACCGGUGGCCUCCAUGGCCGUGAAUGGAUCUCGACGAGCUCCGUGACCUAUCUGCUAUGGUCGGUUAUCACGUCAUACAACAACGAGCCGAUGAUUACCAAACUUCUUGAACACUUCGACAUAGUGUUCAUCCCGGUUCUCAACCCGGAUGGCUACGAAUACACUUGGCAGACGGAUAGGCUUUGGCGCAAGUCGAGGCAAUUGACCAAGAUGCGCUUUUGCCGCGGACUCGAUCUCGACCAUGCUUUCGGUCAUGGCUGGGACGCCGCCCAACACCAAACGGACCCCUGCUCGGAGAGCUACGGCGGGGACCAGCCUUUCCAGGCUGUCGAAGCGUCCGAGUUAGCCAAAUGGGCCCGAAACGAAACGGAACACGGCGUCAAGUUUGUCUCCUUCCUUGACCUACACUCCUACUCGCAACAGGUGCUCUUCCCGUACGCGUAUACCUGCUCCAUCGACCCACCGAACCGCGAGAAUCUCGAGGAGCUUGCUGUGGGGCUGGCUAAGGCCAUCCGGCUUUCGAGCGGAGAGCCGUACACCGUCACCUCGGCGUGCGAGGGCGCCGUUGCGCGGGCAUAUAGCGUAAGCGACUCGUUUCCGCGUAUUGAAGCGGGUGGUGGCGCAGCCAUCGACUGGUUCUACCACGAACUCCAAGCACGGUAUAGCUACCAAAUUAAGCUCCGAGACACCGGGAGCUAUGGAUUCUUAGUACCUAGUGACAACAUUGUCCCCACCGGCGAAGAGAUGUUGAACGCUUUGAAGUACCUCGGCGACUAUCUCCUCGGGAACAACGGGAUAGAGAAGUCUCUACCACACCAGACAUCGGACCGGUGGAAAGAUCUAAGGAAACGGAGACGUUGAAGGACCAAAAAAGCGGAGGGAGGAUACCGCAAGCAGCGUUUACUGUGUAGAAGGAGUGUGUGACUAACGGGGUUUAUGGCUUUGAUAAGAACGUCCGGUUUGGAUAUUCAAUCGGCGAAAGGCGUUAGGUUGUUGGUCUGGGGGUGGCUCGGUCGGUAGGGGCAGAGGCACAUGAAUAAUGAUUGAUGCACAUUCGAGGGUCCUCAUGGGGUCAUCUUCUCCACCUUGCGUCAGGCUGUAAUGUACAUCUCGGCAUUGGAUGAAAUUGGAUAACUAACGGACGUAAAUUGUGCAGGUUGUUAUAUCUUCGUGAUUCCAUAGCUUGGCUAUUCAUAUCAAGAAAACAAGCAGUCGAUUAUUACAUUUCAGUUCAGUUUUAGUUAGUUACACAAUUCACCUGUUCUGCUCC